UUAAAUACCAGCGCUCCAGCCAAUGGGACUCAUAAGGAGUGAAGCAGCUGAAUACUACAUGCGACGUGAGAUAAACCCAGCAGCUUUCUUAGUAAGGGCAUACUUUUGCAUAUGUGCUAUUUAAAACACAGACUUCAACAAAAGUAGAUGUUAUAAAAACAAACAAAACACACACACACACACACACACACACACACACACACACACACACACACACACUAAAAUGUGCAGUAAAUGAAUUAGCAGUCACACAUAGUAGAAAGACAAUUUACAACAACCACCAUACCUGUAGUGUAACAGCUCAUUUGUAAACCGUGCACAAGUACUACAAUAAUUUCCUGAGAAUGGUAUAGCUGGAUUACGCACUGAGAAUAUCAACGUUUAAGAUAGCUGGCGGCGGUUUAAAAUUACUUUUAGAGUUUGGGUUGGAUAAAAGAUGAAGACAUUGACUGAACGACAGUGACAACUUGUUCAAGGUGGAGGGGAUGCCGAAGGUUAUGGACAGGAUCUAAAACAGGAUUUGUAAUCCUUCACGUUUUCAUCUGGGAGCCCUGAGAACACUGUGGACACCAUGGCUGUCUUUACAGAUCCUCCUUGGGAUGUCGGCUUAAGAGAAUUCAACCAAUCUACUGUCGAUAACUUAACUCACAAUGAUAAAACAAUGCAAGACCUGCCCCUACAGGGUGUAAGCGCUAUCAUCAUCCCUAUCAUUUAUUCCAUAGUGUUUGCAGUCGGACUUGGUGGAAACACUUUGGCCAUCUACGUAGUCCUUCAAUACACCAAAAUGAAAACGGUUACCAACAUUUACAUUCUAAACUUAGCGGUGGCUGAUGAGCUUUUUAUGCUGGGAUUGCCUUUCCUUGCCACGCAGAAUGCCCUAUCCUAUUGGCCUUUUGGAAUAUUCCUCUGUAGACUUGUCAUGACAGUGGAUAGCAUCAACCAGUUUACCAGUAUCUUCUGCUUGACUGUGAUGAGCAUUGACCGCUAUCUAGCUGUGGUGCAUCCCAUCAAGUCCACCAAGUGGCGUCGGCCCAGAAUAGCCAAGAUGAUCAAUGCAACUGUUUGGAUACUGUCCUUUAUAGUUGUGCUACCAGUAAUCAUAUUUGCUGACGUCCAAGACAGCAUACAGACUUGCAACAUCAACUGGCCGGAACCAACAUCAGUCUGGUCCACUGUUUUUAUAAUUUACACAUCAGUUAUAGGGUUUUUUGGCCCAUUGCUGGUGAUUUGCCUGUGCUACCUUCUGAUUGUGGUCAAACUCAAAUCAUCUGGUUUACGAGUUGGGUCGACAAAGCGAAGAAAGUCUGAAAGAAAAGUCACCAAAAUGGUGGUCAUUAUCGUGGUGGUGUUCGUAUGUUGCUGGCUACCCUUCUACAUCCUGAAUAUAGUUAACCUGAUUGUCAUCUUGCCAGAAGAACCUGUCCAGAUCGGAGUGUAUUUCUUCGUGGUGGUCAUGUCUUAUGCCAAUAGCUGUGCUAACCCAGUCCUAUAUGGUUUUCUGUCUGACAAUUUCAAACAAAGCUUUCGACAAGUGCUGUGCUUUCGCAAAGGGAAUGGCGUUGAAGACGGUGAGACCAACACGCAAAGGACAGAUAAAGUUGCCGUUCAGGAAUCGAUUUUAACCAUGAAAAACAACAACACUAGUGGCCACAUGCAAACAAGUCAGUUAUGAAGGAAGUUCCAGAUUCAUUAAGACAAUAACAAUAUGUAACGAAAAACAGGACUUUUAGAAAUGUGUAUAGAUCAUAGAAUGAUUCAUGUGGAAUUGAAGUGACAGACCAAAAUUCUAAAGUAAUUCAUCUUAAUUUCAUGAUUCAAUUCGAUGACUGUAUGGUUUCAAUUUACAAAAUAACUGUGAGAAGAGCAUGUUUUGUGACCUUUUAUUCUGUUGCUGAUUGUCUAAGAAGAGUAUUCCAGUGCCAAACUAGUCAAUCAGUCUUACCAGUCACGUUAACCUAGCUCAUAUGGAAUAGUCAAUUUUCAUUACAAACAGCAUAUUUCUUCAAAAUUUAGAGUUUGCGUUAUUGAUAACAUUUUCAAUAGGGGUUAGUUUCCAGGUGUAAAAAAGUGCAGUACUCAGUCUUCAAACACAAAAAAAUGCUUUUGCCCAGCUCAAAACCAUUACUUACAAAUAUCGUUGUAUCCCUGAAUAGAUUAUCGUCUCAGCUUCAAGUACAUGCAAUACAUUUAAAGUGCAGUAGUGCCCUAAAUGCUAUAAUCUUCCUAGUCCUUCAUUUAACCUUGGCGACUGCUAAGAUUGAAUGUCAUAUUAAGAUUAUAACCCAUGUUCUGUGCUCAGCACCCACUGCCUGUCAUAGCGUCUAAAAAGUUGGAUUCCUCACAGAAUAAUGCGAUUGCUAGAACAUGGCUUGCUACUCAGAUCUAUGGUCUCUUUUUUAAUUCUUACGCAAGAAGAUUUGUAAAUAGCAGAAACUCCUCAUAUUGCUGUACCAUGGUGUCUGUGAUAGUGAAUGUGUUUUCAAUAAAAUCUCUUAAAUGAGUAAAAUAUGUACAAUCUGCAAAAAAAAAAAAAAAACACAAAUGUGUAUGAGUGCAUGGAACAGUUUCCAACAUCCAACAAGGAAUGAACAUCUACCGUUUUGUGUCACACCAGCAAGGAGUUAUUUUCUGCUUUGCUAUAACUAUUAUAUUUAAAUACUUUGAUGUUGGUUAAAAAAAAAAAAAUCUAUAAAGUAAUUCUACUGUGGCGACUGUCUAAAAUAGCUCAGCUUCACUUGAUUGAUAAAGCCAUUCCAUUUUCAAAGGUGAUGCUAGUUAUUUGUUGAACAUGCACACACAAGCUUUAGGUGAAAGUAGAUUUGAUUAAAAUAUUCUAAAAGACAGUUCAGAUUCCCUUGAAUAUUAUCAGUGUAGCUGCUAGGUGUUUAGAACCCAUACGCAAACAAUGUUAGAGGCUUUUAAUAUCAAACACAUACUUACUGUCCUUGAUUAUGUGCUAAAUGGUUUCACUUGUAGUGAAUUGUAUGAAAGACCUGUAAAAACAAGAAAGACUUGUUUAGGAAUCUCAUGCAGUAGUGCAAAAUGUCCACUGUAAUUUUUUUUUUUUUUCUGAAGGGAUAUUCAGCAGGAAUAUCAGCCUAUGUACAUACAGAUAGAGUAUAGAUCCCUUUCUGCAAACGAGGGCAGAUCAUAUGCUGAAAUGCCCUUUUUGGAAUGGAAUACUGCAUACUAAAAGAGUUAUAUACUAAGUAUUUUUUCAUUACAUCGUUGUGCAGUUAAAAAAAAAUGUGUUGGUUGGUAUUUCUUUGUGGCAAUAUUAGCAUUACAUAAUUGUAAAAUCUUUGUUACAGUUUCUGAUACUUUGCUAGAAGUGUGGUUGUGCCAUAAUUAUGUUUUUUUUUUUUUUUUUGUGAAUUUGCCACUGGAACAAGAGUUUAAUGGACUUACUUUUUGCUAACAUGGUGUUAGAUUGAGGGACAUUAUUAUAGAUUUAAGUGUACUGCAGCUGUAUCUAUGUACUGUCAAGCUAGUGCUUUGGUUCUGUGACCAUGUAAAGGUGAUACAAAAAGGAUGUUUUACAAAAACAAAAAAAAAGUAAUACAUAUUAAUAGUAUUUGGAUUUUGAAUGUUAAGAUUAUUUAGCUGCAUUAUCACAUUGUGUCUUAUCAUGGAUUAUAUUUAUAUUACUGUUUGUGUCGCGUACACAGACUUGUCAUAUUCUUUAGAUCGUAAAAGCAUGUAUUAUCAGGGUUUGUUGAAGCUGGUUUCAUCAGUGUAGGUGCGGAACUUUGAAUCAAACUUUGUGUCAAAUGAAAAUAUUCUGUAUGUUAAUUAAUCAAUGUAUACAAGUGUAAUGUAUCUGUAUAAUAUUGUGUAUUGAACUUGAAACAAUCAUACUGAAAAUAUAUAUUGUACAUGUGUAUUUAUUUGGUUAUUAGUUUAAGUAAAAGUCUGUCCAAAGCUUCAUAUGUUGUAUUAUUUUUUAAAUGUAUUUUUCUCAAUGGUGUUUCUUGUAGAGUGAUUUUUAGUCAGUAAUGCUCUCGCUGUUUUCCAAGCAUGUUUAUAGACAAGAUGUGAUGUUUCAAAGUGGGUAACACACACAAAAAAAAAAAUCAACGGAAGGCAUAACCUGGGAAGAAGAAUAUUAAACUGCAAAAUUACAGAACUAGCUUACCAUUAAACAUGUUUUUAUGUGAUGCUGAAAUAGUAAGUUAUCAAUAUUAUUAAGGAGCUGUCUGUUACCAGUUACUAUUGAGUUAAUUGCUGGUAAUAAAAUGUAGUGAUAAUGUGAUAAUGUAAUGUGUUUUUGUAGAUUUUCUGUUCAAUAAUAAUUAAAACAGAUGUUUUAUUAUGA